UGCGAAGAACCAAGAGUAUCAGGACGUUGUCGAGGAUUUAACCCAAGAUAUUAUUAUGAUAUGAACACAAAACGAUGCACACGUUUUAUUUACGGUGGUUGUCAGGGAAACAGAAAUAAUUUUAGAACAUUACGCGAAUGUCUUACGUCUUGCAGAAAAUACAUAAUGAGCUAA